AUGGAAGUAAUUAAAGAAGAAAUUGUGCAGAUCGACAAUUAUCAUUCUAUAUUCGAUAAGUUGAAGAAGCUUCACAAUUUUGCAAAAAAUAACGAUGUCCAAGAUCCUAGUGGUAGCCAAGGCGAUGAAAAUAAAUUAUCUUCAAAACGUAAGACUAAGGUAGAGCUGGAUGGUUUGAGUGAUGAGAGUGCUUUGAAUUCUUCCAAUAGGACUAAAAGACGCAGAUUUUCUGAUAGUCAAGAGUACAGUGAGAGUACUGACAAUGUAGAGGAUUUUCAACGGAAUAAGAAGUAUGUUAUAUCCCUCUCCAACUUGCCUGGAGAAUGGACAUAUGAACAGAUUAAACAAUAUGUUACCGAUGAGUGUGGUGUCAAUGUUCUUAUGAUGAAAGAUUCAAGGACAAAAAGGUCAGAUUUUCAAUUACGUUUGAGUUUUAAUAAUGAAGACCACUAUAGAAUUAUUCUCCAGAAACUAAGGAUUAAGGAAAAUGAAGGAAAAUUCAAACUGAAUGUGGAAGGGGAAAGCGAUAAUGAAAGUACAUCAUCUGAGUCAACUUUAUACAUAGGAAAAGGUUCCCCCAAAAGAAAAACUGAUUCACCUAAUGAUGACAACGUGGGAUGUGAUGAUGAUGUUUUUGGAUUGAAUCCAGAUUUUUUGAAGAAAUUAGAUAUAGAGCCGCCUUUAGUAAAAUGGAUCAAUGUUUCAAAUUUUAGAUGUGAUAAAUCCGAGUUAAGAAGUAUCUUUGAAAUGGCAGGAAAUAUUGUUAUAUGUGCAGUAAUACAAAGUAAACAAAAUUAUGCCAAGAUUAUGUAUAGUCACCCACUUGAAGCUGUACAGGCUAUCUCAAUGUUGAACGAACAAAUUUUCUAUGGACAAUGUUUAAAAGUGACGUUGGAUCCUAUGGCAGAAUUAGCUUUACCACUACCCAAAGGACUCCAACAGUUCGGUUUAGGCCUUGGUGCGAUGGGUAAACCACUCCGCGAUGUUGCGUCAGAGUAUAAUCGGUUCAUAAAGGGCAAACCAUCUGCGAUUAACACUUCUUUGUUCAAGAAAUCCGGUACUAAUGACGAUCUAGAUCUAGACUCUUCAUCUACACCUGGUACAACCGAAGAUGACAUUUAUAUAUCAGUACCUAAAAUAAAGAAUUCACCCGUGUCCACUCCUUUGUCCAACUUAACCAAUCCCACCCCAACUAUUCAAACCCAGCCUCCACAAAUUUCUUUUAAAACGGAACAAUCCUAUCAACCUAAUUAUUCUUAUACUACGUCUGGUCAGCAAUGUCCCUAUCCUCCUCAGCCUACGUCAAAUCCUGGUCAAAUCCAGCAGACCUUUCAAAAUCCUGCUCUGUUCAAUUUGAGAAAUCCCCAUGUGUCUAAUUUUGGAACAAAUUUUAUGCCACGAGGCCCAACAGGACCGAAUAUUUCCCUCGCCAGAAUGAUGGGACCAACUGGACCAACUUUUCCUUCAGCUUUGCCUGCACCUAAUGUACCUUGCUCCAUGCCAAUGUCUUAUGGACCGAGGGCUGUAGAACAACUUCACGGUCUAAACGCUCCACCACAAAGAUUAAAUACGCCGCAAAGAACAAGCGGACACUAUCAGGCGUCAAAUGGACUACCACUAGGCACGUUAAGCAGCGUUCCUAGUGUUAUAGUUCUCAAAGGGAAGGAUUCCGUUACUCUAAAUAUUUCGAAUUUGCCACCACGAGUGACAUUCGCUAGUAUUUGCGGUAAAUUGGCGAAGGUUGGGCAAGUCGUGUCAUUGGAGUUCACGAUACCUGGCUGUGCAGUUGUCAAGUUUAGUAGCCCUGCGGAGGCCGAGAGAUGUUUUCAAUAUUACAGCCCUUCGCGGCAUGGUCAAGAACUGGGGAUGGUAGAGUAG